GACAAACCCUAAAAACCAACUCUUCAUUUUUUGUACUUGUCGUGCUCUUAGACGCUGCAAUUCUCCAGAAGACGAAACCUUAACUCAAAGAAACCUAGGGCAAUUAGUUGCGAUGGCAACAGCGAAGAGAAAGCCAGUGUUCGUGCAAGUUGAUCAGCUGAAGCCUGGCACUAGUGGCCACACCCUUAUCGUGAAGGUGGUCUCAUCGAAGCCCGUGCCCGUUAACAAGCCACGUGGCUCCAGAUCAUUGUCUGCUCUCUCUCAGCCUUCUCGACCCCCUCGCAUCGCCGAGUGUCUGGUCGGCGAUGCGACUGGUUCCAUCUACUUCACCGCCCGCAACGACCAAGUUGACAUUAUGACACCAGGUGCCACCGUGAUUCUGCGAAAUGCCAAGAUUGAUAUGUUCAAGGGGUCGAUGAGGCUUGCAGUUGACAAAUGGGGACGGAUUGAAGUCACUGAACCAGCUAGCUUCGAAGUUAAAGAGAAUAACAAUCUCUCCUUGGUUGAGUAUGAGCUAGUUAAUGUUGAGUGAUUGGUAUAUGUUUGGAGGUGAAUAUUUUUGGGUUAGCAUUACUGAAGGUUUGAUUCUUGUUCCCCUGUUAUCUGGGGUUUAAUUUUCUAUAUGAAUGCAGUAAAAAGAUCUUGCUGAAGAUGUUUGUCAGCCUUGAUAUUGAUAUGAUAAACGCAAGUAAUUUAAGUGUCAGAUUGGGAAUUAGAUUGGGUUUGAAACAGAUCAGUUAAUGCUAUCUUUUUAUUUUUACUGCUAA